AUGCCAUUGACCCUGUUGCAGGAUUGGUGUCGGGGGGAACAUCUGAACACGCAGAGGUCCAUGCUUAUCCUGGGGAUUCCUGAGGACUGUGGUGAGGAUGAAUUUGAGGAGACUCUUCAGGAUGCUCUCAGGGACCUGGGCAGGUAUAGGGUCAUUGGCAGGAUGUUCAGGAGGGAAGAGAAUGCCCAAGCAUUUCUCUUGGAGCUUGCCCAAGAUAUUGACUAUGCUUUGAUCCCCAGGGAAAUACCCGGAAAGGGAGGGCCCUGGGAAGUGGUUGUAAAACCUCGGAACUCAGAUGGGGAAUUUCUCAAUAGACUGAACCGCUUCUUAGAGGAGGAGAGGCGGACAGUGUCAGAUAUGAACAGAGUGCUUGGAUCGGACACCAACUGCCCUGCUCCAAGAGUGGCCAUAUCACCUGACUUCUGGACCUGGGCCCAGACCCUGGGGGCAGCAGUGCAGCCUCUGCUAGAACAAAUGUUGUACAGAGAACUAAGAGUCUUUUCUGGGAACACUGUGUCCAUCCCAGGGGCGUUGGCCUUUGAAGCCUGGCUUGAGCACACCACUGAGGUGCUACAGAUGUGGCAGGUGCCUGAGGGUGAAAAGAGGCGGCGGCUGAUGGAAUGCUUGCGGGGCCCUGCUCUGCAGGUGGUCAGUGGGCUCCGGGCCAACAAUGCUGCCAUAACUGUGGAGGAGUGCCUGGCAGCCCUGCAACAGGUAUUUGGACCUGUGGAAAGUCGUAAAAUCGCCCAUGUGAAAUUUUAUAAGGCCUAUCAGGAGGUGGGAGAGAAAGUCUCCAGCUUUGUGUUGCGUUUGGAACCCCUGCUCCAAAGAGCUGUAGAAAAAAAUGCAGUAUUGCGAAGGAAUGUGAAUCAGGCUCGCCUGAAACAAGUCUUAAGUGGGGCUACCCUUACUGACAAACUUCGAGACAGGCUUAAGUUGAUGAAACAGCGAAGGAAACCACCUGGUUUUCUGGCACUGGUGAAGCUCCUGCGUGAGGAGGAGGAGUGGGAGGCCACUUUUGGUCCAGAAAGGGGGAGGCUACAGGGGCUGGAUGCAGGAGUAAGGCCAUCUGCCAGAGCCAAUGCUCUCAGAGCAGUGUCUUUUGCUGCCCCUGGCAGCACUCUUCAGGCCAGGACUUCCCAAGGUUCCCGGCGCAGGAGAGGCAGAGGACAGCAUCGAAGGGGGCGUGUGCUAAGGGCCAGCUCCCGAGGUUCAGGAAAACGGAAACAUCACACAUUCUGCUAUAGCUGUGGAGAAGAUGGCCACAUCAGGGCACAGUGUAGCAACCCUCCAAACCCGCUCUUGGUAAAGCAGAAGAGACAGGCUGCAAUGGAGUCGGGAAAUGGGAACAGGGCUUGGGAAAAGAGCCAUCCCAAGCCCAAAGCCAAGUAG